AUGGUAGAAUUUUCAAUGUUUCCGCAAUUCUCUUUAAUCGCUCUCGAUUUCAAUCGAGUCUGGCGAUGCAUACUAUUCGAUGCUGUUCGUUAUCGAUUGACGAUUCUUCGGAAAAGAUUGGAGGAGUCUCCCGAGAGUGAUUAUUAUUUAUACGUGAAGAAUAAUAAAAGUAUAAGAGAGGAUAAGAUUAAAUUUUGUUUGCAUCUCUAUAGAAGUAUUGCUGAUUUGGUUGAUGUUAUAACGCCUGAACUGCAUGCAUCGUUAUUUUUGAGUGUAGCUGGAAGUCUACCAAAAUUAAUAACAAAUGUCUACCACAUACUAACAGCAAUUGAAGGUCAUGAACCGUUCGAGUCCCUCGGUUAUGUUUUGCUCCAUGUAUCACAAAUAUCUAUGCUGCUCUUCUCACCGUUUGUGGUCGUGGAGUUUUACGCUGUCGAAGUUGAUCGAAUACAACGGUUCCUCAUGCAUAGACUUAUUGAUUCUUAUGAUAACCGUUCCAAAGAAGAGAUCAACUUAUUUUUACAAUACACUAAGAUAAGAUCGUUCAGAUACAGAAUAUGGAGGAUAAUUCCCAUCAACAUAUCUUUGCCUUUAGAACUCGUCAACUUAUGUAUCACUUAUGUCAUUGUUGUUAUAAACUUCACCCAUUUGUAUGGUUAA